ACACUCAGUUCCCAUUCCUCUCAUCCCACACUCCGCUGCUGGACACACAGUCGAGAACAAGAACGUGCUGACGGAGCUUCUGUAACAAGGGUGCCACCAAUGCAUUUGAUGUUACGGAGCUGAUUUGGCAGAGAGUUUAUAUGCAUGUAGGAUGUAGGGGCGGAGGAGGAGGCAGGAUGGAGUGCUCCUGGAAGACAGUGCUGUUGCUGGUGUGUGCCUCUCUGGGGGUCCAGUACACAGCCAUCCGCACCCUGAGGGACUCCCUGUCUGGGCCCUGCCACGGUGGCGUCUACCACUGCCAGAGCCGACAGCCCAAAGACUCCAGGUGGAGAGCUCUGUGUGACGACAGCAUGUUGCCUAUGGAAAUGUCGGCCGCGGCCUCCCGGCGCCACAUCCUCCUGUUCACCACCACACGCAGCGGCUCCUCCUUCACUGGCCAGCUCUUCAACCAGCACCCUGGAAUCUUCUAUGUGUUCGAGCCCCUUUACCACGUCCAACAGGCCUUCACCAACUCCAGCAGUAGGCUGCGUAGAGCCCUGGACCGCCGGGCCCUGCUGGGGGCCUACCGGGACCUCCUCCUCAACCUCUACACCUGCGACCUGCGCUUCCUGGAGAACUACAUCCACCCCGAGCCCCAGGAACACAUCACUGGGUCCUUCUUUCGCCGUAGCUCCAGCCGAGCACUCUGCUCCAACCCUGUGUGCCCCGAGGGUGGGGAGGGGGCCUCUGGGGGUCAGCCUGAUGAGACCUGGUGCCCCAAGAAGUGCGGUGCGCUGAACCUCACCCUGGCCUCCAUGGCAUGUCUGUCGCGGGGUCACGUGGCCAUCAAGACAGUUCGUGUUCCGGAGGUGGGGGACCUGCGUACCCUGACCGAGGACCCACGGCUGGACUUGAGGAUCGUACACUUGGUGCGUGAUCCCAGAGCCAUCCUGGCCUCACGGAUGAUGGCCUUCUCUGAGCAGUUCCGCGCCUGGAAGAUCUGGAAUGCUACAGGCAGGAAGCCACGCUACGUGGACCUAUCGCAGAUCACCAGCACCUGUAGGGACAUGGCGGAGUCGGCAGAGACGGGGCUGCAGAGACCGGCAUGGCUGCGUGGACGCUACCUCCUGGUCCGCUACGAGGACCUGGCCCUCAACCCAGCGGAGAAGGCCCGGGAGCUAUACAAGUUUGUGGGACUGGAGAUGGACGAGAACGUGCGCUUGUGGAUCGCACAGAACACCAACAACAGCGUGCCUUCUACAUCCGAGUGGAACUAUAAGUAUUCCACCACCAGAGACUCCAAAGCCACAGCGGAGAGCUGGAGGCUAAGACUAGGGUUUGAUAUAGUGAGGACUUUGCAGACGCUCUGCAAUGAUACACUCUCUCUUCUAGGCUACAGGGUGGUCCACUCUGUGGCUGAUCUCAGAAACAUGUCGAAUAGUUUGGUGGAGCCCAGGACAUUUCAGACUCUCCUAUAACUGUGACCAUGCAGGUGGUUGGAUGUAAUGCUAGACAAGCUUCAUAGUGUAACUGUUUUCACACAGGCAGUCCAAUUUGGACCUUUUUCCACUAAUUGGUCUUUACAAAUCCUCUCCCCUGUAACUAUUCUCCAGGUCGUUGCGGUAAAUGAGAAUGUGUUCUCAGUCAACUUACCUGGUAAAAUAAGGGUUAAAUCAAAUAAAUACAUUUUGACCAAUCAGAUCAACUAUUUUGCCUAUAAUUGGGUGAAAGAUCAGAAUUGGACUGUCUGUGUAGACCUAGCCAAUGAUACGAAGUUGUACAUCACCAAAGAUUAUAUAUUAUAUUGACAAGACAGUCGAGUGACCGCUCUAACAAUGGAAAUACAUGUUCUCAAAGAUGGAAGGCAGGCGGGAGGAGACGAGAUCAGGUAGAACCAUUCUAGCAAAUGAGAGUCCAGAUACGCGUGCUAACAACAUACACAACUCCAAUACAAAGUUGUUUGUUUUUUCAAAUGGCACGUGCGCCCAUUUAUAUCAGUGCAUUUGUAACAACCUAACCAUUACAAAACUUUUAUUAGAUCAAAUAAGCCUCAUGAAGCAAAUCAGCAGUUUUUGUCAACCAAAUUCAACACUGCCCUCUCAUUGGCUAGAACGGUCCCACUUGCUGAUCUCGCCUCCUCCAACCUGCCUUCCAUCUUUUAGGACAUGUAUUUCCAUUGUUAGAGCGGUCACUUGACUAUCUUAGAAAUAUAAUAGAUCAUCUUUGCCUGUGUAAACGCAGCCUCGUUGACUUCAUCGCAUUUAAUAUCUCCAAGCAUGUUUUGUUUAUGCCCAGUUGUUUAAGAUAUUUCAGAAAAUGUUUCAGUGGAAUUUAAAUGUAUUUCCUUUACAGUUUGCAUGUGGUUUGAAAAUUGUACUCCAAAAACUGAUAGAUCUCAACUACUAGGCCAGUAUGUUACAUGACAGUACAGAGGAGAAUCUCAGGUUUUUUUGAGUGGUCUUAGAUAAAGCUGCUUAAUGUACAGUAUGUUUAAGCUCUGCUUCAUUCAAAGAUCCUGGCUCUGCUCUUAUUUAUUUACCCUUAUUUAUUGACCCUUAUUGUAUCAGGUAAGUUGACUGUGAACAUAUUGUAUUUUGCAGCAAUGACCUGGGGAAGCUACAUAUUUACGGAACAAAAAUAUAAACAUGCAGCAAUUUAAUUGACUUUAUUCAGUUACAGUUCAUAUGAGGAAAUCAGUCAAUUAAAAUUCAUUAGGCCUUAAUCUAUGGAUUUCACAUGACUGGGCAUGGGUGCAGCCAUGGGUGGGCCUGGGAUGGCAUAGGCCAACCUUUUGGGGAGCCAGUCCCAGCCAAUCACAAUGAGUUUUCCCCCACAAAUGGGCUUUAUUACAGACAUAAAUACUCCUCUGUUUCAUUGGCUGUCCGGGUGGCUGGUCUCAGACGAUCCAGCAGGUGAAGAAGCCGGAUGUGGAGGCCCUGGGCUGGCGUGGUUACACGUGGUCUGUGGUUCCGAGGCUGGUUGGAAGUCCUGUUAAAUUCUCUAAAAUUAUGUUGGAAGUGGCUUAUGGUAGAGAAAUUAAAUUAUCGGGCAACAGCUCAGGUGGACAUUCCUGCAGUCAGCAU